ACUUAAGACUAGGCUAUAUGGGCAUUGUUUCCUUUGCCUUUCUUAAAAAGGGAGAAUCUUAAAAAAAAUAAAAAACGGCAAACGUCUAGCCGGCACUACACAUAGGUAUUCGUAUUAGCUAUUUGUAAACUAGACAAUAGUCUCUCUUUUUCAUUCCUUAAAGAGCAUGAUAAGGAAAACCUCUGAAAAUGACAAAUAGCAAACUCGAACAGCCAACUGAAUUGUGAAGUGCCGGUAAUAAAAGUAAUAGGUAAAACCAUCUAAAUAGUCUGUGGGUAAAACAGCAUACAUGCCAUGCCCGAGCUGCAUGUCCGGUCCGCCCGCUAAAAUUUUUUUAAUCAGAAAUAAUUGAUCAACAAAUUUAGUUGCAGUUCUAAGAAAUGGAAAUCGAAAUAUUGAGCGUCUCGCGUUCUAAACCAUUAGGAAAAAUACAUUUAAAAGCUACUGCUACUGUAAAAGACGUAAAAGAAAAAGUCUAUCAAAAUGUGAAUAAGUCUCUGUAUCCCGAUCGCCAAGCUAUUAAAUUAGAAGCUAAAGGGAAAACUCUAAACGAUGAGGAUUCGCUCAAAGCCCUUAAUAUACAAGGUGGCGAUAAAUUGUAUUUGAAAGAUUUAGGACCACAAAUUUCCUGGAAGAAUGUAUUUUUGGCUGAGUAUGCUGGUCCCUUCUUCGUUUAUUUAUGGGUAUAUCAACGUCCAUGGCUUAUUUAUGGUUAUCAACCAGGUGCAUCAGGAAACAUUGCUACUGUUGCUGCAGUAUGUUGGUGUGCCCAUUAUGCCAAGAGAAUUCUAGAAACAGUGUUUGUUCAUCGUUUUUCUCAUGGUACAAUGCCAUUGCGGAACCUAUUUCGCAAUUGUGCAUAUUAUUGGCUGUUUACACUAUAUGUAGCAUACCAUAUAAAUCAUCCCCUGUACACUCCACCAUGUGACACUUGGUUCUAUGUAGGUCUUUCUGGUUUCAUACUCUGUGAAUUGGGAAAUCUGAGUAUUCAUAUUCUUUUGAAAAAUCUGCGACCUCCUGGCACUAAAGUCAGACGUGUGCCUGUUCCUGAUGGCAAUCCUUUGUCAUUACUCUUCAACUUUGUUUCCUGCCCUAAUUACACAUACGAAUUUGGAUCAUGGUUGUUCUUUACUAUUAUGACCAAAUGUGCUCCAGCGGGCUUAUUUGCGGCAGCCGGAUUCUACCAAAUGGCUGUCUGGGCCAUUGGAAAACACCGUAACUACAAAAAAGAAUUCCCCGAAUACCCCAAAGGGCGCAAAGCUAUUUUACCAUUUAUUUUAUAAAUGUUAUUAAAUAGGUAACGGCAGCGCUGUUUUGUCACAAAAUGCACUGCUGAUGAUGUUUCCGUAGGCAUGCAAUGUAUUUUCAGAUAAUUUCAGCGGGUAGAUUGUACAAUAUUGAUAUACUACUAUAUUAAUGACGGAAACAGUUUUAAUUUUAACUUAUUCUUAUUUUAUUAUAUAUAUAUAUAUAGGUGCGGGGUUUGAAAGGGUGAAGGUUUGCGGUUAUGAAAGAUAAGAGAUUAUCUAUGCAAUAUUAAACCAUGAUCUAUUUUUAUUUACAAAGGUUUAAUUAGUUUCUUAGUGGUGUGAUUUGUGGAAACGAAUAAGUUAAUUAAUAUUUUAUUAAUCAGUCAUUAAUUAAGAACGUUUAAUGAUAUCUUUUAUUUCCAGUUUUAGCUUACAUAUUAUGUGUUACUUGCUGUAUUUGUGAAUUUUGUUCUAAAUUUAUUUUUUCAUUAAAUAUGUAAUUGUCAUUUUUUACUCGGAAGCUAUGCAUUUAUCCGCGCAAAUAAAAAGAUUUUCUAAAUUAC